AUGAUGCUGCUGCAUGCCCUGCCCCACUACUAUAGAGAAAUUGAGGGAACUGAAAUCCUGUCAAGAACCUUUGAGUCCAAUGAAGUACUAACUCCACUUCAAAUUCCUUCUUGUCCAACCAUCUCACAAGAUGGAUAUAAAGAGUUCACGGAAUCCCUUCAUUGCUGCAAGCUUCCCUGGGGAGCAGAAAGGAAGCAUGGAGGAAUUGCACUACCUGUACUGCCAGAAGACAACAGGGCAAAGGGUAAGUAUCCAUGUACAUUUGUUAAAGGACAUCAAACUUAUGGUAGUGGUGUAGACCCUUGGCGGCCAAGGAAAAUUUCUUUCUUUCUUUCCUUCUUCCUGACAACUCAAACCAACCCAAGACUACUGUGCCUGCCAUUUCCCACCUCUCAUCCCUACCACACACACAUCUCUACAUAUGCCAUGAUCCCAAACUUCAGAUCACAUGAGGAUUUCAACACUGCGAUUGAUGCAAGCAGUCAUCAGCCUUUCCAUCCCAAUAUCCCUACCAAGGCUUUUGAUGUGGUUGUUCUGAGAAAGACCAGAGGUAAUCCAUACAGGCAUGAAGUUGUCCGUAUUCCCUCUGACUCCCAGAAGAAGGCUGUACACUGGCCGGGACAGCACACAUACUUCCAAGGUUUUAAAGAGCUAGAAUAUAACCUCUCUCCAAGAACAACCAAUAUGCUACGAAACACUGAAAGAGUUCUGAGGAUCACAACAUAGAGUUUGGACUUCAGAGGAAGCGGUCCCACAAGUCCCUUUAUCCUGCGUAACUAUUACAUGAAAGCAGUUGGCAGAUUAACUGGAGAACUAGGAGAAGAUGUGGAACUAAAACAGAAUUUUCUGCCUAGUCUCUCACAAGUGAGACCUCUUGAAGGGUACACUGCAUGUUUACUUCCCCAUGAAUCAAAUCUGCAAGAACAGUACUCCUCCAAGCAGGCCACUCUGUCUCAGACAUGCUACCUGAAAGUUCAUUAUUUGGAUACAAGGCUGCCAAUAUACAAACUUCAGAAUAUCACUGACACAUUGCAAACAGAAGCAUUGUACAGGGGGCAGCUUUCAGGAAGGCCUGAACUUGAAUCCCUUCCAAAAUCUGCAUGUUCCCUUUCCUAUGGAGACUUCAAGCCCAGACAUUUGGAUCAACAUACAAUAUGGGAAAACCCAGUUAGUCUAAAUAAGCCAGGCUUACCACUGGAUGUAAAGAGUAAGGAAAGAAGAAUUUUGGUGCACAAGCUUUGGCAUCAAGAAGCAUGUCAGCCUUCAUGGAGACCAGAGGAUGGGCCAAGACAGACAGCACUGCCUGAAUGGAUACCUAGCUGUAAGGUUCCUCUCCCUAGCUGUAAGGUUCCUCAGAACCAGACAGCACUGCUGGAGCUGCAGCAUUCCUUCUGUAAGACAGCAGCACAAAAACAUUUUCAUGAUUCCAUAAGAGGAGAGACAAAAGACCUCCGAGGUAACAUUACUGAGGGGAAAAGACACAAAUUCUAUGGUUUCAAUGCUUUUCAUUUCUUUAAUUGA